AUGACUCGUAAAAAAGUCCCACAGACGCAUCAUCAUCAUCAUCGCGACGCCCGUGACACGUCGACGCCGCGAACGAUGCCCGCGUCCAGGCUCUCCAGGGCGCACGACGCGCUCGAGCGCGCGCACGCGAUGAUCCCGCGCGCGCGCGAGGCGGUGGAUGACGACGACGACGGACGUGGACGAUUCGCGAAACGGGCGAGCGGGACGGCGGCGGCGCGCUCGAAGCGAAAGGCGAUGAAAAAGGCGUCGUUACGGCGACGAUCGGGCGAUGAUGCCGCGGAGGACGAUGGCGGGGAUGACGGUGAGGCGUCGGCGCGAGAUGGCGCGUCGGGGGAUGGGACGGUGGUGGACGGAGGGGACGACGCGGAUGACGGGUCGGCGCCGACGGCGUGGCGACUCGAGCGCGCGUCGAGAGACGCGCUGGAUGCGUUGCGAGAGCGGUUGCGAGAGAAGAUUGAGCGGUCGAGAACGGCGAGACGGGCGAGGGAGACGGUGGAUACGGCGAUGGAGGCGAAGGAGUGGAGGGAGAAGCGGAACGCGGCGAGACGGGAGAAGAAGCGCAAGGCGGCGGCGAACGCGACGCUCAAGGAGGCGAAGCGCGAGGGCGAGGCGAAGCGGAUCAAGGGGGCGAACGGGGAGGGGGUGAGAGGCGUGAACGAUGGAGGGGAUGAUAUGGUGUUCGGACGCGUCACCGCGGACGACGACGUCGAGCUGAACUCUGGACGGAAAAAGAAGAGAGAGAGCAAGGAAUCGCUCCUGCGCAAGGCGCAGGCUCGACAAAAGGCGAUCGACGACGCGGGUGGGGAAGACGGCGGAGGUAAAGCGAUCGCGGAGAAGUUUGCGUGGGAGGCCGCGCUCUCCAGGGCCUCGGGCGAGAAGGUGUUGGACGAUCCGAAACUCUUGCAAAAGAGCAUCAAGCGCGAGCAGCGCGCAAAGAAGAAGAGUCGCGAAAAAUGGGAGGAACGCACGGCCAAGGUUCAAGAGCAGAUCAACGCGUCGCAGAAAAAAAGAAAGGACAAUAUCAAGGCAAAGAAGGACGGCCGGAUGGAGAAGAGGAUGGAAAAGAUUGAUAACAAGCAACGAAAAAAGAAUCGAGCGGGGUUCGAGGGACGAACCGGAAGCGGCGGGUUCAUCAACAAGUAG